AUGAUGCAGCGGGUAAACCUUUUGGCCCUCUGGCUGCUCGCCUCUCCUUGUGUCGGUAUCAACAUUACGCCGAGCAACGAUGCAAACGCAUUGGCCAACGCUGUCUUCUCUGGCACUGGCGUGGUCAUCACCUCGGCUUCGUAUCAAGGUGCCACAGAUGCCUCAGGAACAUUCACCAACGGUCCAUUCGGUAUUGGGAGCGGUGGAAUCUUUACAUCCGGCUCUGCAUCAGGCGCUGCUCCAGGGGGGAAUACCCAAGUCGCCAAUGGAGCGGCAGGAUCGGCGACCUACUGCGGUUCUAAUACCUUCGAUGGCUCUUUGCUGACUGUCGAUCUCGUUAUCUCACCCGGAUAUAACGGCCUGCUAAUCCAGCUCAUUUUGGCUUCUUCGGAAGAUUUUGAAAACCCCGACCCUAUUGGUGUAUAUCUUGAUGGAACCCAAUAUGCCAACGAUCCCAAUGGUGACCGGCUGACGGCAACAUCAAGCUAUCUGAGCGCCAUCCAACCCCCCAACAGUGACACUUCAUAUGAUGAUUCUUCACCACCCCUGCUAUUUGGAAUCCAGACGACGGCGGGGGCACAUCAGGUAGUGAUUGCUAUUUGCGAUGACGGAGACAGGUCUUUCGACUCAGGUCUUAUGAUCAACGCCCAAGCCUGCACGGAUUGCAACCAGCCCAUCAUUGUCAACUAUGUCACGACGACAACUACGGUCGCAGCGAAUGUAGCGACCAGUACCACAUCGACCAUUCCAGCUUCAGGAACCGUCUCGGGCACCUUUAUCGUUACUGUUCAGGAGGCCGAGACCACCACCACCACAGCGGAACCAACAACGACAACGACCGAAGCUGAUACGACAACAACAACUGAGGCCGAUACGACAACAACAACUGAGGCUGAUACCACUACGACCACUGAGGAUGAGACGACAGAGACGACAGAGACGACAGAGACGACAGAGACGACAGAGACGACAGAGACGACAGAGACGACAGAGACGACAGAGACCGACUCAAAAACCGACACGGCAUUGACGACAACUACGACCGAGGCAGCAUCCACGACCACGGCCACAGAAACCGAGUCCACAACCUCAGCUAAGGUAUCAGAGCCCGCUACCACCAUAACCGGGACAUCAUCCGAGACGGAGGACGUAACAAGUACAACACUCGCUGCCAGUGAUGCGGCAACAGCGACAGAUGAGACGUCAACGUCUGAAAUAGUUAGCACUUCUUCCGCGACCGCAUCGAACAACGAGACUCCAACGGAGAGUGCUACAAGUGGAGCUCCAGCGUCAACCGUGGGAUCCACCGUCAGUGAAGAUGUCAGCGAGACUGCAACGUCUAGCAGUGUCGGUGGACAGCCAACGGCACAGCAGACGACGACAGAGAUGGAGACAAGUGUCGAGCAGCCAGGCCUGAGCUCUUCUGCAGAGACUACGGUAACCAUCUCCACCCAGACCCAAGACACUACAUCCACAAGGUCUCCUGACAUUACGUCCUCGUUGCCUAUCACCUCCAGCCAGGAAGUGGCACCAGCCUCGACAGCAUCCUCAACACCUAAAAACCUCGAAACCAUUGGUGCAUAUAGCUUUGUCGGCUGCCUAGGGUCCCUAGAGGACUACCCGACGUUCACAGAGGUGUUGACAGACCCUUUGAUGACCACCAGGCAAUGUAUAGCUUUGGCAGCAGGGAGAAAGUAUAUCGGUAUAUAUCAACGGUCUUGCUAUGCAGCUGACUCGCUUACCGGAGCUGGCCUGGUAGUCUCUGACAGCUGCGACCUUCCUUGCCCUGGAGAUCCCUCAAUUUUCUGCGGAGGUAAUGUUCGUAGAAAUGUCCUCCGUCGUUCCAUUCCAUCUGAUCGUCUCCUGACUCUCUAUGCCGCGGAGGAUCUUAUAUCUAUCUCGUCUGAUCUUCCCAUCAGUACUACAAAAGUAGCAAGUCUUUCAGGCACGACCAUUCAAGAAGCGUCUUCAUCAGUAGACGAGAUAAACUCUUCACAGGCCUUAACAUCUAUACCAUUGGAGUCUAGUCUCGUUGCUCCUGGAAUCGAGACAACUGUACCCUACCGCCCAUCAGAGUCAACUGAAGGCAUACCCGAGACAACUCAAGAUCGUCUCCCUAUCCCGUUUCCUACUGCUGGGUCUAUCCGAACAAUGCGAUAUAGUCAGGGCUUCAAUUAUACACGGACCGCCACAGCCAACACCGUCACAACCAUGGUGUAUACCACUGUGCACCCGAACAACCCGACAUUGCUCAUUACUACGCAGGUCGCAGUGACCCUGGGCUAUGAGCCUUGCAACUGCGACCAUCAAGUCUAUCCGACAGUCGAUAUGACCACCAUUAUUGCACCGUGCAGUGCCUGCGGUCCUAAUAACGAAGAUAGUGUUACCUUGGCAGUCCCUACCGCGGCUUGCAAAUCUGCACAACUACAUGAACAGCCUGACUCAUCUGAUGAGAUUCAAGAGCAUUACGUAUCUUUAGGGGCGGAGGUUUACACUUAUUCUAAUUCUAAACCCCAACCGACUCAAGAGGAACCCGCUAGUCCUUCGCCAUUGAAUAACCAAGGCGCAGUAGAGCCAACAAAGGCAUACAGCUAUCAACCAGGCUCUACGAAGACUUGGACUAGCGAAGCCCUCCCUACUGGCCACACCACGUACCCAACGAUCUCUAAAACCCCCAACCCAGCCAGCGCUCAGUACGGCACGAACACUCCUAUUGUUGUGGCUGAAGCAGUUAAUAUCUAUCGGACGUCUUGGAACGUAGUGGCUAUUGUUUGCAUUGUUGCAGUUCUUUUGUUCUGA